UAAACGACACAAAAUUACAGCUAGCAAAAUAGAGGUUUCUUCUAUUGUUUCCUUAUAUUUUACUUUUAACAACCGCAAAUGUUGCUGGUCGUAAAUUUGGCAAUUUAAGUUAAUGCUGCAAGUACUUAUGAGCAAUCUACAAGAUAACGCCUUCGACUGAGAGACUGAGUCAACAUGAGCCGCCAGCAUCAGCGGCACCACCAGCAGCAGCUGCAGCAGCAGCAGCAACAGCAACAGCAACAGCUGCUGACAGCCCAACAGCAGCAACAGCAGGCGCUGUUGAUGGCCGAGCAUGCCGCUGCCGCGGAAGCCGCCGAGCUCUUCGAUCUGCUCUGUGUGGCAACAACAAUGCGUCAGAUAUUGGCUCUGCAUCGGGCCAUGUGUGAGGCAGUGGGGUUGCGCUCAGCGCCGCUGAACGAAUUCUACCCGAAGCUGAAGGCCAAGGUGCGAUCGUGGAAGGCGCAGGCGCUGUGGAAGAAGUUCGACGCACGCGCCGCACAUCGCGUCUACGGCAAGGGCAACGCGUGCAGCGGCACCCGGGUUCUGGUCAUUGGCGCCGGUCCCUGCGGCCUGCGGACGGCGAUCGAGGCACAGCUGCUGGGUGCCAAGGUGGUGGUGCUGGAGAAGCGUGACCGGAUCACGCGCAACAAUGUGCUGCAUCUGUGGCCGUUUGUCAUCACGGAUCUAAGGAAUCUGGGAGCCAAGAAGUUCUAUGGCAAGUUCUGUGCGGGCUCGAUUGAUCACAUUUCCAUCAGACAGCUACAGUGCAUGCUCCUCAAAGUGGCUCUGCUGCUGGGAGUCGAGAUACACGAGGGCGUCAGCUUCGAGCAUGCCCUAGAGCCGACGGGCGACGGCACCGGCUGGCAUGCGGCGGUCACACCCGCGGAUCAUGCUGUCUCAAAUUACGAGUUCGACGUUCUCAUCGGCGCCGAUGGCAAGCGCAACAUGCUGGACUUCAGGCGCAAAGAGUUUCGCGGCAAGCUGGCCAUCGCCAUAACGGCAAAUUUCAUCAACAAGAAGACCGAGGCCGAGGCCAAGGUGGAGGAGAUAAGCGGCGUGGCGUUCAUAUUCAAUCAGGCCUUCUUCAAAGAGCUCUACAGUCGCACGGGCAUUGAUCUCGAGAACAUUGUCUACUACAAGGAUGAGACGCACUAUUUCGUGAUGACUGCGAAGAAGCACAGUCUGAUCGACAAGGGUGUCAUCAUUGAAGACAUGGCCGAUCCCGCCGAGCUGCUCGCAUCCGCCAACGUGGACACACAGAAGCUGCACGACUAUGCACGCGAGGCCGCCGAGUUCUCCACACAAUAUCAGAUGCCUAAUCUGGAGUUUGCCGUCAAUCAUUAUGGCAAGCCGGAUGUGGCCAUGUUUGAUUUCACCUCCAUGUUUGCGGCCGAGAUGUCCUGCCGGGUUAUCGUGCGCAAGGGCUUCCGGCUGCUGCAGUGCCUUGUGGGCGACAGUCUGCUGGAGCCGUUCUGGCCAACGGGUUCGGGGUGCGCCCGUGGCUUUCUCUCCAGCAUGGAUGCUGCUUACGCCAUCAAGCUGUGGUCCAAUCCACAGAACAGUACUUUGGGCGUUCUAGCGCAACGUGAGAGUAUCUACCGCUUGCUCAACCAGACCACGCCGGACACCCUGCAACGUGAUAUCAGCGCCUAUACGGUGGAUCCGGCUACACGAUAUCCGAACUUGAAUCGCGAGUCGGUCAACAGCUGGCAAGUGAAGCAUCUGGUUGACACCGAUGAUCCGUCAAUACUGGAGCAGAGCUUUAUGGAUCCGCAUGCGCUGCAGUUGCCCCACGUGGAGACGCCGGGCAAGCGCAAACGACGCAGUGGAGAUGUCCUGCCGCAAGGUGCCAUUUUGUUGCGCUGGAUCAGCACACAGCUGUGUGCCUUUCCAUUUGCCUCCGAUCUCAAGGAACCCUCGGAUGUCUUUCGCAAUGGUCGUGUGCUGGUCGCCCUCAUCAGCCGCUAUCGACCUGAUCUUAUUGAUUAUGCUGCUACCAAGGACAUGAGUCCGCUGGAGUGCAACGAGCUGGCCUUUGCCGUGCUGGAGCGCGAGCUGCACAUCGAUCGCGUCAUGAGCGCCAAACAGUCUCUGGAGCUGAGCGAUGUGGAGUCCCGUGUCUGGCUAAAUUAUCUGGACCAAAUUUGUGAUCUAUUCCGCGGCGAGAUACCCCACAUCAAACAUCCCAAGAUGGACUUCAGCGAUCUGCGGCAAAAGUAUCGCAUCAAUCAUACGCAUGCGCCGCCCGAUUUCUCCAAGCUGCUGCAGACGAAGGCCAAGGCCAAGUCGCCCAUGCAGGAUGCCGUCGAUGUGCCCACAACAGUGCAGCGGCGAUCUGUGCUGGAGGAGGAGCGGGCCAAGCGCCAGCGUCGCCACGAGCAGCUGUUGAACAGCGGCGGUGUGGCCGCCGGCUCAGCUGCAGCCAGCAGCGCGGGCAGCAACAAUUUGCAACAACAGGCUCAAAGUGAUACACCGCGUCGCUCGAAGAAACGUCGCCAGGCUGAUAAAACGGCGAACAUUGAGGAGCGCCAGCAGCGUCUGAAAGAAAUCGAGGAGAAUCGUCAGGAUCGCAUGAGCAGGCGACGCCAGCAGCGUUUCCAUCAGACGCAGAAUUUCUACAAAAGUCUGCAGCUGCUGCAGGCGGGCAAACUGCUCCGCGAGGGCGAUGGUGUGGCCGAGGGCGUGGCCGAGGAUGGUACGCCCUUCGAGGACUAUUCGAUAUUUCUGUACCGGCAGCAGGCGCCCGUCUUUAACGAUCGCGUCAAGGAGCUCGAGCGCAAACUUCUGUUUCCCGAUCGCGAACGUAACGAUAUACCCUCGGCGAUGCCACGGAGCGCUGCCGAUGAGCAGUUCAGCGAUCGCAUCAAGAGCAUGGAGCAACGCAUGACGGGACGGCCCGGCUAUGGCAGUGAUAAGAAACCCAAAGAUCUGAUGCGUGCCAUUGGAAAGAUCGAUUCGAGCGAUUGGAAUGUGCGCGAAAUUGAGAAGAAAAUCGAGCUGUCCAAGAAGACCGAAAUCCAUGGGCCCAAGGGCCGGGAAAAGGUGCCCAAAUGGAGCAAAGAGCAGUUCCAGGCGCGUCAGCACAAAAUGUCCAAGCCCCAGCGCCAGGACUCGCGCGAGGCUGAGAAGUUCAAGGAGAUCGAUACGACGCUCAAGAAUCUGGACAAACAGCUCAAGGAGGGCCACAAUCUCGAUGUGGGCGAGCGGGGUCGCAACAAGGUUGCCUCCAUCGCUGGCCAAUUCGUCAAAAAGGAUGAGACCAAUUCGGAUGAGAAGAAUGCCAGCAGCAAUGCCACCACAAACACCAACAACACUGUCAUACCCAAAUCUAGUUCGAAGGUGGCGCUCGCCUUUAAGAAGCAGGCCGCCUCUGAGAAGUGCCGCUUCUGCAAGCAAACCGUUUAUCUUAUGGAGAAGACCACCGUGGAGGGUCUGGUGCUGCAUCGCAAUUGCCUUAAAUGCCAUCACUGCCACACCAAUCUGCGCCUGGGCGGCUACGCCUUCGAUCGUGACGAUCCCCAGGGUCGAUUCUAUUGCACUCAGCACUUCCGGCUGCCACCGAAGCCAAUGCCGCAGCGUGUCGCCAAAACGAGAAGAUCCGCUGCACCACAGUCACCUGCACAGCAACCAGCAGCUGCUGCUGGCGCCAUUGCUGGCGUUGCAGCAACCGCUGAGGCGGUGCAGGCCAUGGACACUACGCCCGCCGGAGGCGAUACAAUGGAUUUGUUGGAAACCUCCAGAGCCGCUGCCUCGGCGGAUGCCAUGUCAGAUGACGAAGCCAAUGUCAUUGAUGAGCAUGAGUGGUCGGGGCGCAAUUUCCUGCCCGAGUCCAACAACGAUUCACAGUCGGAGCUGUCCAGCUCGGAUGAGUCCGACACGGAAUCGGAUUCGGAACUGUUCGAGGAGGCAGAUGACUCGCCAUUUGGUGCCCAAACUCUGCAACUGGCAUCCGACUGGAUUGGCAAACAGUAUUGUGAGGAUAGCGAUGACUCGGAUGACUUCUACGAUUCCAGCGAAGGCAUCGCGGAUGAUGGCAAGGACGAUACCGAGGGCGAGGAGUUCAAGAAAGCCCGGGAGCUGCGACGCGAGGAAGUGCGCCUGCAGCCUUUGCCCGUCAAUUUGCCCACGGAUACGGAAACGGAGAAGCCCCAGUUGAGUGUAGAGAAUAAGGAAAAUGUGGAGCGAGCUUCGCUCAAGUCGGCCAACUCCUUCGAGUCGGCCAAAAGUCAGCCGAGCACGCCCGUCGCAGCGCCCACGCGUGCUCAAUUGGAGCAGCUGGAGCGCAAUGCGCCGCGCAAGUUCAGCAGCGAGAUCGAAGCAAUUAGCGAGAAACUGUACCACCUAAAUAAUAUGGUCAAAAUGAACAAAGACCUGGAAGUUCUAGCCAAGGAAAAUCUGGUCAAGAGCGAUAUACUGAACAAGCUUACGCUGAAGGAGAAAUGGUUAGCCGAGAAUGCAGCUAUAGCUGCGGGCAUGGCCAAUCCUACGAAGGCAGCCAAUGUUGUUACAGCUACAAGUCCCGCUGCGCCACCCAAGUCCAAGUUUGAUGAGAAAUAUGAGAAGAUCGUGAGUGGGCCCCAAACGGGAGCUGAGCCCAGGCCAAAGCCAAAGCCAGUCAUCGAUUUUAAUCUGGAUGAGCUGAAGCCACGCAAGCCCAAUUUCGAGGAGCGGCCCAAGGAGCUGCUACAAAAGCCAGAGAGUCUGAAGAAGUCGACUCAACUGAGUCCAAAACUUGAGCGUAAGAGCAGCGCCAAUGUAAGUCGCUCCAACAGCAUAAAAAGCAAUGCCAGCUCCAAGUCAAGUCCGCGCUCGAAAAAGGCGCCGCUGCCCGAUGACAGCAAAAUGCAAAUCGAGAAAAUUCUGGGUGCAAUUAAAAGACCGCAGCGCAGUGAGAAGGAAGAGGAUAUGGACAUUGAUGACGAUGACGAUGAAGCCUUUGUCGAUACGGAAAGCAACACACAGCUCAGUGGCAAGCUCAAGGAGAUCGGAGCCAGUAGCUUUGCGGGCACUAUGGAUCAUAUUAAAUCUCAGCUGACUAUGCCCACGGUGCAUACAGCCAAUGUGGAUCUCUCCAAGUACUUUCCCAAUCAGAAGGAGGAGAAGAGUGCCUCGGGCAAUACUAAUAAGAAUCAGAAGACGUUAAAGGAUGUGGAUCUGGCCAAGUAUUUUCCUAGUAGUCCGGCGCCACAGCGACGCGCUGUUGAAACAGUUGCAGAACGACUAAAGAAGUCACAAACUGAGGCAGCUAUAGCCCAGCCCAAAGAGGCGGAAGCGCCGAAAAGUUCUCAGGCCAAAACGGAUUCCAAGACAAAGCCUGUGCCGCCCAAGCGGCAGGCAUCUCUAAAUGCCUUCAGCUUACGUGACCAUCAGCUGGAUGGGGCGCUGGACUUGAGCAAGAAGAAAGCACCUGUUAAGGUAUUACCACCUGCAUCAAAAACUCCCGCCAAGCCCACCAAUUCAACCACCUUGGCCAAGGCGACAACAACGCCGAAGGGUAAGAUUAAAAUUAUAAAGAAAAUUGUGCCCAAGGGCACAAAGGCCAAAAAGGCAGCGGCUGCUGCUGCUGCAGCUGCAGCUGCCGUGGUGGCAGAGAGUCCACCACCGCCUCGGGAUGAAGCUGAACGUAUUCUAGAUGAGAUUUUGGCAGAUGGGGAGACACGUUCGCCCAGCUCCGAGUAUCAGAAACUAUUUAAUGAUGAAAAGUCACCCAGCGACCUAUCGGACAAGAUCGAACGCAUACUAGAGGAAACGGGUCUCGAUCUCGAGCUGGGCUUACCUCGACGAAACAGCAAAAAGUUAUUGAAAACCAAGUCACUUGGCGAAGGCGACUUUGAUCUGGAGCCAAAGCGACUGAGUGGCGUUCAAAACAUACUCAAGCGAUUCGAGUCCAUGAGCUCUGUCAACUCGCAGCAGAGCGAUGAGCAGACUUCCUUCAAGCUGCGUCGCAUGGAGUCCAGCACCAGCAAUAUGAGUAGCCUGAAUCGGUCACGCGACUCUCUGGUUUCUGCCAGUGACUCAAUGAGUGACCUGGAGAAGACUAUGGAGUAUUUGCGCAACGAAUGGCGGAAUGAAGCAACAAAUUUUCUGCAGAGGAAACGCGAUAAGUUUUAUGCCCAAAAGGAGGAGCAGCAAAAGGAGCAGGAGGUGAAAGCGGAGAUUAGUCGGAGACGUGAGCUGCCCGUGCAAUAUCAGGACUCAAAACUUGCCAAAUUCUUUGGCUUGGCAUCACGCAAAUCGCCCGAGAAGCGCAAGUCACCCAUCAAAAAGCAAAAAUCUCCCACAAAAAAGCAAAGUUCGCCUUGUAAAAUUCAAAAGUCCCCCAAGACAAAUAAUUCGCUGGAGGAGCUGGCCAAGAUUAGCAAUGCCCGGCAGACGAAGCAAGCGCAAAAGAAGCCAACGAAUGUCGUUCCGAAAAUCAAAAAAGUUGAACCCAAGAAGCCAGCAAAUCCAGCACCGCCUGUACCGGAUGACUUAGAGAUCUUACAUUUACUCGAUAAGGCAACAGAGGCCAAAGAGCUGGAGCGCUCCAAGACCAAAAGUCCACUCGUGGAGGAUAUUCCCUUGCCAGCAGCUAAUGAAGUUGUUAACAUAGAAACAGAGACCGUUGUUUCGCGUCCUGUAGUAGAGGAUAUUAAGAAUUUACCCAAGACUGGCUGCGACAAAUCGUUAAACAGUUCUCGACGUGGCUCCCAGUCCAGUCUGGUGCUCUCGCGACGCCAAUCGGACAUUUCGCUGACCGAAAAACUAAAUCAAGAUGCUCUGGAGGCGCUUCAAAAUAUCGAGAUGGAACGCAAUGUAGAGCAUGUCGAUGAGGUCUUCCAGAGCAUGGUCGAGGCAAUAGAUCAGACACCGGAAGCUGCUGUAGAUGACGAUUUGGAUGUUGAUUCAUUGUGCACUACCAUCAGCAAGAGUCCCAGUGUCCAGCCCGUGACGGUGGUCAAGCGAGGCAGCUCCGAGGAGGAGAGCAUCGAGAAACUGUUUAGCAAGUUUUCCGAUGAAAUGCUCGUUAAUGUGGAGUUUGAUUCAAAUGAUGAACUGAUAGGAAUAAGCCCCAGAGGUAGCCUCGUUGCCGGCAGCUCCGCGGAACGUGAUUUUGUGGAUAAGCUGGAGUCGCUGGAACGCGAUGAAGCACCCUUGAAUAGCGAGGAGCCGUUAAGUCGUUUCACAAGCGGAAAGCACGCAGAAAUUGAUGAGCUUAACGAAAGAAAUUUUCCAGCCCGUCCUCAACGCAGGCAAAAAAGCAGCUCCUCGUCCAGUGAGCCGACUCUUCCAGUUGCACCACAGCGGUUAAAGAAGAAAUUGGCCAAAUUGGAUCCGGAGAGUAUGCCGCCUUCCGUGCAGGAUUUGCUGCAGAAGCUGCACGUUAAUAAUGUGCAACCGGAGCAGGUGCAAAUAGAUACUAAGGCUUCUGAGGAAAAGCUGAAGUUUCCUCGACUUCUACCCAACGAAGAUGUUGUUGAUUACGUGGAGGCAGGGGCAGACGUGGUUGAUCAUGUAGAGAAAGUAAUGCCGAAUCCCAGUGUUAAUGGCUUCAACACAGAAAAGCCUGUGAUAGAUGUAAUACCUGACAUAAUAAUAGAAACACCGAUACAUCUGCGUACAAAAUCCGUGCAAGUGCCUAACAACAAUUCAACCAAAAGCGACAGCUCCUCACACAGCAGCCUUAACGAGCCACCGAAGCUCGUGACGCCACCCAAGGCGCGCAGCAAGGAGAACUCGCUUGAUUGGGAUAUGGAAAAGUUGCCCGCUUCGCCCAUGCCGCGUCGCAAGCAACCGCUAAUUCCAGCCAGCAAGGAAGGCUCCCUGGAAUGGGAUAUGGAAAAGCUACCUAAUAGCCCAAUGCCAUUGCGUCGUCGUAUACCCGUAAUCAAACCCUCAGACAUCUCCCCCACCAACUCCAUUCAGCUGCUAAAUAAUCUACCCAGCGUUGAUGAUGAUGAGGCCUUAGCACAGGCACGUCUCAUUCAGGAAUUCGAGCUGGAACGCCGUCAGGCUCUGAUCAAACGUGAUGAGAGCUUUGAGGCAGCAGCUGCAGAGCAGCGUCGACGCGACUCUCAGCAGAGCAGCAGCAACUCCAGCGGCAAGCGCAGUCUUCCGCCUCCCACUCCUCCACAAGCAAGCGUUCGCCGUGGCACCACACAGGCCAGCAGCAGCAGGCGCGAGUCCGCGAGGCGGGAGGGCACGCCUCCCAUGUUUAAGAAAUUGGAUUUGGGCGAUGACACCAACUCUACGCUGGAUUCCACGGCGGACUCCACGCGACGCAGUUCGUUUGCAUUUAUUGAAUUACAGGAUAACAAACCAGUAAUUGUGCCCAUGCCCAAAAAGCUGCAUCUGCCCAAGCUGGAGGCGCCCAAAUAUGUGCCCGAAGCAAGGCCAGAAGAUGAGCCGGUGCCAGAGGUCUUUAAGGAUCGUGCCUGGCCCAAGCCGCACAUCGGAGAACUGCAACUAGACAGCGAAGAUGAAAACGAGGCAGAGCAAGAGCAGAAAAAGCAAUUGCCGGAAUAUGCACGCUCAGACUCUCCGCCCUGCGCUGCUUUCCAGAAUCGACAGUGGCCUGAUGGCAAGACCAUUUUCGAACAGAACAAACGCCCCGAUUCUCUAGAGGUAGAUGAUGUACUUGGCUUGCUGGACGUUAAGCGACGCAAAAACAGGAGAUUCAAUUCAAAUAAGCCACGUUCGCAGUCACCGCAGCCGUUCAAACCACUUGGAGCCAGCGCUCGGCUGAGCUCCAAGUCCUUUGGUGAUCUCAAAUCUGGGCAGUCUGUAUCGGCGUCACAGCAAUCCCUAUCUGCACUCUCCAGUCAGGAUACAGAUACACGAUCGACCACAAAAACCGUCGCAACUUCGCGUCCCUUGAGUAAUAUUAACUUUGAUGACCCGGUAGAUGCCAGCAUGCGGGCUCUACUCGACCGAAGCAAGCGGUUGCACAAUCGAAAGCGCGACUUUGUCAACGAACGCGUCGUGGAGCGAAAUCCUUAUAUGCGUGACGUCAUACGCAGCACGGAUCGCAGUGACUACAUGCCGGAUGAACAGUUGUCCAGUUAUAGGCCCCGUCACUACACCAGCAGCUUGCCGGCCAAGGCGACAACGACGACUACGAGCCGGUUUCCCAGCUCCAGCUCGGCCUACACGCGCAGUCCCGCAUCUCGCAGCAAUUAUGAUUACCUCAGCAAUGCUACCACCAGCAGCAGCGACUACCUCAGCAGAAGACCCUACACGACGUCAACGACAUCCAACUAUUAUCCGAGUACAGCAGCAACAAGUACCACGCAUCUCAGUGAUCUAUUCAGGCGACGCAGUCCCGCCUCCACGUCCAGCUAUGGGCGCAGCGAUUACGGGCUGCCAGCCAGCAAAGAGUCGUGCGUACAAACCGAAUCCGAGAGCACAUCGCCCGACGAAGUUGAGCUUAACUCUGCCACUGAAAUAUCCACCGACUCUGAGUUCGACAAUGACGAGAUUAUACGACAGGCGCCAAAAAUCUUUAUUGACGAUACACAUCUAAGAAAACCGACAAAAGUUCAGAUCAAGUCUACUAUGAUCACAUCUAGUGCCUCCGGUCUGCACCAGAAGCAGCUGGCGGCACGCGAAAAGGGCGGCAGCUAUUUGCAGAAAUACCAACCACAGCCGGUGCAGCCACAGUUUAAGCCACUGGUCCAGGUGGAUCCCACGCUGUUGAUAGGCAGCCAGCGAGUGCCGCUGCAAAAUCCACGACCCGGUGAUUAUCUUCUGAACAAGACGGCCAGCACGGAGGGCAUUGCGUCGAAGAGAAGUCUAGAGCUGAAGAAACGGUAUUUGCUAGGCGAACCGGCCAAUGGGAACAAAAUUCAAAAGUCUGGCUCUACCUCGGUCCUGGACUCGCGCAUACGCAGCUUUCAGUCCAAUAUUUCCGAGUGCCAGAAGCUUCUGAAUCCCAGCAGCGACAUCAGUGCGGCAAUGCGCAGUUUCCUGGAUCGCACGAAGCUGGGCGACAAUGCGCAGAAUGCACAGAAUGAACUGAUGCGUUCGGCUACUACCAAUGUGAUCAAUGAUCUGCGCGUGGAGCUGAAGAUUCAGAAGGCGCCGUCUAGCAACUCCACGGACAACGAGAAGGAGAACGUGUUCGUCAACAGCAAGAACGAGCUGAACAAGGGCAUGGAGUAUACGGAUGCGGUGAACGCUACCUUAAUGGAGCAGCACAACAAAAAAGGAUCACCAACCACGCCCACCAAUAACAAAACUGUCAUCGAGAUAAUUGAUCUGGUCACGCCCGAAACACCGGUGCCGUUCAUUGAUCUCACUGUGCUGGAGACGCCAAAGAAACCAAGUGAGGACAGCACUGAGAUGGUAGAUUCCCCUGCAAAGAUCUCGGACAGCAACAAGUUAAAUGAUCUGAAUCAGGAGGCUGUGAAGCCAGAUGUGUCCAAAGACGUGAAGGAGUGCAUACCCGACAUACUAGGUGACAUCAAUGCAAAGAAGGAGACAUCCAGCGCUGGCGACACUGAGGAGCAACAGUCACUGCUCUGUCAAUCCGACGAGGAGAAGCGCGAUUCACCAGAGAAGGCGGCCGAUCUGGACCAGGAGCAGUAUGAGCAGGAGACACUGCAAAUCCAAGUGCCUAAUAUACCGUGGACCAAGCCCAAGUCAGAAAUGAUGUCGACGACCGCCAGUAGCGCCACCAGCUGCUCCAGCUCGGGCAGCUCCAGUAUUGAAGACAUACAGCAUUAUAUCCUGGAGUCCACGACCAGUCCGGACACACAGACGGCGGGCAGCAAACACAAUGUGCCGCGCGUUGAGGUGCACGACAGCAGCGGAGCUCUUAUGCAGGUGGACAGCCUGAUGAUUGUGAAUGGCAAAUACAUCGGUGAUCCGGAAGAUGUCAAAUAUCUGGAUAUGCCGGCAGGUGUCAUUGUGCCGUCUCCACCGGCGCCAGCUAUAAAGACCAGCGAACUGGAUGACGAGCAUGAGGCGGAUGUUGAACCGGUAACGGCGACUCCAGAACCGGUGGAGUGCACAGUUAUCGAGACGGAGCGUCAGUCCCAACCACCACCCCCACUGCCAGAGAUGGGACCACCCAAGCUGAGAUUCGACAGUAAGAAUGAAAACAAAAUCGAAAGCUUGAAAAAUCUGCCUUUGAUCGUAGAUCAACCCUUGGAGCACAGUCAGGUGGUGAAGCCCAUUACGCUCAAUCUGAGCAGUAGCUUGGCCAAGACGCCAGACACGCCGACCACGCCCACGCAGCAUGAUAGCGACAAAACGCCCACGGCCGAUUUGAACUCGCGCGGCUCCGACUCGGAAACGGAGCCCACUGGCACCGGCCAGGUGCUAACUGAAACGGAGCUUUCCGAUUGGACGGCCGAUGAUUGCAUUUCGGAGAACUUUGUUGAUAUGGAGUUCGUGAUCAACUCGAACAAGGGCACAAUGAAGCGACGCAAGGAGCGACGUCGCAGUGGGGCAGUCAAGCUGCCCAGCAGCAGCGAGGUGCUCCACGAGCUGGCCAAGCAGGCGCCCGUCGCUCAAAUGGCCAUUGACUUUGAUGACAUUGAGUUUAUGGACACUGGCUCCGAGGGCUCCUGCGCCGAGGCUUAUUCAGCGACCAACACGGCAUUGCUGCAUAAUCGCGGCUACAUGGAGUACAUUGAGACGGUGCCCAAGCAGACGGCAAGCACGGACAACACUCGAACAACAGCCGCUGGGCAAACACAGCCGCAGGCCCAGCCACUGCUGACCAAGCGGGAUGAAAAGCUCGGCAUCGAUUACAUAGAGCAGGGCGCCUACAUAAUGCACGACGAUGCCAAGACGCCGGUGAAUGAGGCGCCCCGUCUGCCCAUCAGCUCUCAGAUGACUCAGUCUCUGACUGAUUCGAGCACACUGAACGACCUGGACGAGGACAGCCUCGGUGCUAUGGUUCAGUCACAGACGCAGCCCACUGUAACGACCACAGAAGAAAGCGAAGCACUCACAGUGGUCACUAGUCCGUUGGACACCUCAUCGCCGCGGGUGCUCGAUCAGUUUGCGUCAAUGCUGGCUGCUGGCAAGCCGGACGUAUCCACACCUAGCAGCUCCGACCAGCAACCAAAGACCACACAGUCGACAAUGACCACAAACAGCAGCGCCAGCAGCUCCACCCCAGCCCCUGCGCCGCCCAAGGAAACGGACGAGGACAUGCAGAUCCAGUUCGAGUACGUGCGUGCGCUGCAGCAGCGCAUUUCGCAGAUCAGCACACAGCGCCGCAAGAGCUCCAAGGGGGAGGCGCCCAAUCUGCAGCAGCCAACUGUGAUAGAAGCGACCAAUGUGCUGCAGGCGCCAGCAGCGGAUGGGCAGAGGGCAGGCGCUGAGAACGGCACGACUGCAGGCGUGCGACCCAGGAGUGGCAGCUCGGCAAGCAAAGUACCUGAGAUACCGACGCUCAACAGCAAGCUGGAGGAGAUCAGCAAGGAACGCACCAAGCAAAAGGAUCUCAUACACGAUCUGGUCAUGGACAAGCUGCAGUCCAAGAAGCAACUGAAUGCCGAGAAGCGUCUGCAUCGCAGCCGGCAGCGCAGCCUCUUGACCAGCGGCUAUGCCAGCGGUGCUAGUCUGAGUCCCACGCCCAAAUUGGCCGCUGCCAGCAGCUCCAGCGAUGCCAACUGCAGCAGCCAGGCGCACUACCAUGUCUCGACAGCUGCCGAGCAGUUGCCCAGCCGGCCAAGCCAGCCACCGAAUGACGUUUUCGUGCAGCCCAAUCCGCUACAGAAGUCCGCAACAGCAUCCUAUGUUUCGCCCUAUCGCACAAAGCAGCCGGCGUUGCGCACAGCAGAUCUUUACAAGUCGCGUCCCUUCAGCGAGCACAUCGAUGCGGAGCAAUUGAGUCUUCUGGAGCGGCAUAAGCUCAAUAAGACAGCCUCGUUCAGCUACGGUAAAGUGGAUGAGCUGACAACACCCAAUGCGCCAGUGCGUCCGCAUCGCAACGGCAACCAUGGUCAAAGUCAGCGGCAGAUCGAUCAAGCUGCCGAUGUGGGCAUCUCCUCAACGUCCACAGAGAAUCUGCGCAGCGAGGCGAGAGCACGCGCUCGCCUAAAGUCCAACACAGAACUGGGCCUGAGUCCCGAGGAGAAGAUGCAAUUACUACGCAAGCGACUACACUACGAACAGAACAGCGCCAUUAAGGCGAAGCAGCAGGAUGCAGUUGCCGGCGACCUCACGGCACGUGCUCGAAAAAUGAGCGCCUCCAAAAGUGUCAACGAUCUGGCCUACAUGGUUGCCCAUGGCCCACAGCAGCCACUGCGCAUGGAGAGCGAGGCCGUGAGCAAGGCCAAAGCUGCAGACUUUAUAUCGGAUCCCAAUUUGGCGGCCAGUGCGCAGGAUAAGCCGCAGCAGAGCAAGCCCAGUAGCAAGCGGCAUAAGGAUCCAGAACGUCGCAAAAGUCUUAUACAAUCCUUGUCCAGCUUCUUUCACAAGAGCAGCAACAACUCGACAACCGCCUCGGCGUCCAACAGUCCCAAGGAACUGGGCGGCGCUGUAGCUGCCUGUCACUCUGAGCAUGCAGAGCGUCCGGGCACUAGCAGCAGCGGCACGCCCACGAUCUCCGACGCAGGCAGCGGCGGCGGCGGCGGUGGCGUCUUCAGCCGCUUCCGCAUUUCACCCAAAUCGAAGGAGAAGUCUAAGUCUUGCUUUGAUCUGCGGAAUUUCGGUUUUGGUGACAAGGAUAUGUUCACAAACAAUGCAACAUUGCCAACAAGCACAACAGCAGCAACAAUCACAACUCAAACGAAACACGCCCAAGAUUACCUCAACACAACGAACAACAGUCGCUAUCGAAAGCAACCGAACACCGAAUCGUUCUCAUCGUCCAGCCCGCAGCUCUAUAUACACAAUCCCCAUCAUUUGGCCGCAGCGAUUGCCAUGGAUGACCAGAUCCCGCCACCCAUACCGCCUUUGCCACUGAAUUAUCAAAGAUCCGAUGAUGAGAGCAACGCUAACGAGACACGAGAGCAUAAGAAGCAACGUGCCAUAUCGAAGGCUUCGCGACAGGCUGAGCUCAAGCGAUUGCGAAUCGCUCAAGAAAUACAGCGUGAACAGGAGGAGCUCGAGGUGCAAUUGAAGGAACUGGAGGCUCGAGGCGUUCUAAUUGAGAAAGCCUUGCGCGGCGAAGCGGCGAACUACGAAAAUCUCGAUGCAACUAAGGACAAUGACGACAAGCUUUUAAAGGAACUUUUGGAAAUUUGGCGCAAUAUCACAGCCCUAAAAAAACGUGAUGAGGAACUCACUAUAAGACAACAGGAACUGCAACUGGAAUAUCGACAUGCUCAGCUUAAAGAGGAGCUCAAUUUGCGCUUGUCUUGCAAUAAACUAGACAAGAGCUCCGCCGAUGUAGCUGCGGAGGGUGCAAUACUCAAUGAGAUGCUGGAAAUAGUGGCUAAACGUGCCUCGUUACGACCAACCGCCUCACAGGUGGAUCUUACUGCAGCCGGCACGGCAUCAAGCUCAACGGACGCGGGCAUCACACUAACCGGUCAUUCGCAUGAACAGGAGGAAUCGAAUAUUUGAAUUUUAAAUUUGCCUUGGGGUUUACUGGCUAAUGAGAUCUGGCAAGGAUUUAUACGCCUAAAUACUUAAGCAGAAAUGUACCAAAAAGCAAAACACAAAAAACAAUAAUGAUAACGAUACUAAGAACAGAGAGCUGUAAGAUAAACGAGCAAAAUAUACGCCGAGCGAGCACUCUGGCGGAAUAGUUUAUAAUAUAGUCGCUUAAGAUAUUU